AUGUCGCGUUUGUCCGAGGACAUCAAGCGUCAACGUUCUCCUGCUUUCUCUUCUCUUGUUUAUGAGGCAACUUCAUCCUCUUUUCUACAUCAAAAACGACGUAAGAAAUGGACACGUUUUUUACUUCGAGAACUUUAUGAUUUGGGCUUUCAAGACGUUGCGGCGGCUCUAGAACGGGACGCGUGCGUCCAAUUACGGUCUCGAGCGAUGAAAAACCUGCAAGAAUUGAUAUCCCAACACCAGUGGGACCAAGCCGUGCAACUGUUGGUGACAAAAAAAGGGGGCCAUCCCGCACACCAGAUGGUGGAAAUGAAGUCGCCACUAGCAGCCCGCCAAGCCGUCUUAUUGUUACUUCAGAGGAAAUUUAUUGAGUUUCUCUUAAGUAAACAGUUAUCCCUGGCUUUACGGACAUUUCAAGAAGAAAUCGUGCCACUUUAUGAACCAAAGGAGAUGGAGGUGAUGCAAUUAGCAGAACUUUUACUUUGUCGAGAUGCCAAUGAGAUGAAACAAAGAGCUACAAUACCGUGGUUGGAUGAAGAAUUGCAAUGGAAAAUUGAAGAACUAGUGAGUUCCGAAGAAUUAAUUCCAAAAGGAGCUUUACGGAAGCUCGUGGAGGAUGGAGGAUCUGAGAUGGAACUACAAGCAUUAUCGUCGAUGCUGACGGGGUGUAUUGCUGGAGAAUGUGUCGAGAUUCUUACAAGUGAUAUCAAGUGUGACGUGUGGGAGCUGGCAUUCUCGCCGGAUGGAGAUAUCUUGGCAUCGGCAUCGAGUGAUGGAUCGAUUGUGUUGUGGCAGAUAAAAUGGGAUGACGGAGCAACAAGUUGUCGUCAAAAAUUCCAGUGCUCGGUAGAAGUUCUUCAUGUGUUGCAAAGCCUCGACGGACCUGCUGAUUGCCUUGCAUGGUCUUCAGACAGCAAGAUGUUGCUAUCGAGUGGAAGCCGCUCUGAAACCAUUCAGUUGUGGUAUCGAAUGAGCGGAUUGUGCGAAAAGAGCUUUCAGCAUCCAGAAGGAGUGGUCACAAAAUUGCAGUGGCUGCCAUGUGGGGGUCAGUUCAUAAGUGGAAGUGCAGACAAGUCUCUCGUUCUAUGGAAUACAAACGAAGGCUCUACUGCGUAUCAGUGGAGUGGACGAAAGGUGCUGGAUAUCGCUGUGCACCCACACGAGAGCAAGGUGUUCGUGCUGACAUCAGGGUACGAGGUUCGCGUGUACGAUACCACCCUCAAAUCGGACACACUGUUUCUGCAAGCCGAACAUCUCGUGUCAUGUCUAAGCAUAUCCCCGUCUGGAAAGUUUCUACUUGUGAACUUUGUCAAAGAAGAGCAAAUUGCGUGUGUGGAGAUAGCGACUGGUUCUGUGGUAGCCAAGUACCGUGGGCUUCGCGAGCGAAGAUACGUUCUUCGCCCCUGCUUUGGGGGAGACCACAGCGAGCUUGUUGUCUCUGGAAGUGAAGACGGUGCGGUGUAUUUGUGGCAGCGAAACAGUGGUAAGCAAGUGGGCAAGCUAGAUGGACACUCAAGUGUCGUAAAUGUGGUGGUGCGCCAUCCAAUUCGUUCCAAUGUGAUUGCCAGCGCAAGCGACGACAAAACUGUGCGUUUAUGGUCUCUUAAGUCAUUGGAAUGA